AUGUUACCCGAUGACGCAGUCGUAGGUGAAGGGGCGCCCGCGACCCUCAACAAAGCCGCCAUAGCACAAUGCCUGACUCACGACUCUACCCGCCCCGAAUCCCUCGACAUCUCGAUCCAUCUCCGCGUCAGGCCUCUCCUCGCGCACGAGACCUCCGCCUCCCAUUUCGCAGCCCUCUCUACCACAACGCCGACGACCUUGAGGAUUUUCGCGCCCAAGACGCGGUUUGACGGGGCGAUGACGGUCAAUGAGAGUAGUGUGAAGGUGGAUCGGGUGUUUGGAAUGGAAGAGGACUCCGAUCGCGUUUAUGAGGCGGUGGGCGUGCCGCUUGUGUGCAAUGCGCUGGGGGGUGGCGUGUCGACCGUUAUGGCGUAUGGGCAGACGGGGAGUGGCAAGACUACUACGCUGACUGCACUGCAACAGCGACUUGCGACUGAGAUAUUUGAUAUUUGCAAAGAGUAUAGGCGACUUCUUGACGGCGCCACGGGAGAGCAAGAGCAAGUCGAGAGAGACGACAAGGACGCUACCGCAACCUCCGAUUUCCAAAUCCGCGUCUCUUUCUUCGAGAUCUUCGGCUCCGAAGCCUUCGACCUCCUCAACGACCGGCUCGCCGUCAAGAUCCUCGAAGAUGGCUUCGGCUCCAUUCAAGUGCACAACAUUCGCGAAGAAACAAUCACCACCCCAACCCAAUUCCACACCUACAUCACCCGGGCCGCCGGGCUCCGCCGCACAGCCUCCACCGCCAAAAACACCCAAUCCUCCCGCUCACACGCCAUCUGCCGUGUCCGCGUCACCAACACUCGCAUCCCGCAAUCCGAGGACGGCAUUCUCUACCUCGUCGACCUGGCCGGUUCCGAGGGCAGCAAAGACACGAAGCACCACGACAAGGACCGGAUCGCGGAAUCCAAGGAGAUCAACAAAUCCCUCUCGGCCCUCAAAGAAUCCGUGCGAGCGCGCGCUAUGGCCUUUGCGACCGAUAAAUUCGUCCAUGUGCCUUACCGCACCUCCAAACUCACCAUGCUGCUCAAAGACGCGUUCGAGAUCUCGUCUGCCAAGCAGUCCCGGACCGUGAUCAUCGGCACACUUGCCCCCUCGGUGCUGGAUGUCCCCGAGACCAUCAACACUACGAGAUUCAUCGCCUCGCUUAAAGACGUCCCGGCCACGCUUACGAAACGUAAUCCGACGAGACCCAACACCCCCACCGACCCCGCGACCUGGGACAACGCCUACCUCUGCCAAUGGGUCACUUCCAACUCGCGCAAAAUCUCCCCCUCAGUGCUCUGCCCCUUUGAAUCCGGAAAACAACUCUGCAGGUUGCCAGAGGGACAAUUCUUAGAAAGGUGUCUGAGAUGCGAGGGCGUGACGGAGAAGGGGGCCAAAGUGUUUUAUUUGAAGCUUUGGAAAUUGGUGGUGGAUGCAAAGACGAGGAAGAGGAAGGAGGUGUUGGGGCAUAGGCCGGGGUUGGAGGAGAGGGAGAGGAGGGCGGAGGAGAUGGAUAGGGAGAUGGCGGCGUUGUGA